CCGGCCCCGCUCCCGCCCCGGCCCCGCUCCCGGUCCCGGCCCCGCUCCCGCUCCCGGUCCCGUUCAGCCCCGGCCUGUCCCGUCCCGGUACCGCCAUGACGCUCCUCGCCGCUGGCAGCCGGGCGGCCGCGCGCCUCCGCGGCCCCAAGAAUGCACCGUGUGUCCUCUUGGCUGCUCGCCACGCCAGCGCCGCCACGAACCUCAAGGACGUUUUGGCCACCAUGAUCCCCAAGGAGCAGGCCAAGAUCAAGAGCUUCAGGCAGCAGCACGGCAGCACGGCCAUCGGCCAGAUCACCGUGGACAUGGUGUACGGCGGCAUGAGGGGCAUGAAAGGGCUGAUCUACGAGACCUCGGUGCUGGAUCCUGAUGAGGGGAUCCGUUUCCGCGGCUACAGCAUUCCCGAGUGCCAGAAGAAGCUGCCCAAGGCCGCGGGGGGAGAGGAGCCGCUGCCCGAGGGGCUCUUCUGGCUGCUGGUGACCGGAGAAAUCCCAACCCAGGAGCAGGUGACCUGGCUGUCCCGGGAGUGGGCCAAGCGUGCGGCUCUGCCCUCGCACGUGGUGACCAUGCUGGACAACUUCCCCACCAACCUGCACCCCAUGUCCCAGCUGAGCGCCGCCGUCACCGCCCUCAACAGCGAGAGCAAAUUCGCGCGCGCCUACGCCGAGGGCAUCCACCGGGCCAAGUACUGGGAGUUUGUGUACGAGGACGCCAUGGACCUGAUCGCCAAGCUGCCCUGCGUGGCCGCCAAGAUUUACCGGAACCUUUACCGGGAGGGCAGCGGCAUCGGCGCCAUCGACCCCAACCUGGACUGGUCCCACAACUUCACCAACAUGCUGGGCUACACCGACCCCCAGUUCAUCGAGCUCAUGAGGCUCUACCUCACCAUCCACAGUGACCACGAGGGAGGGAACGUCAGUGCCCACACGAGCCACCUGGUGGGCAGCGCCCUGUCCGACCCCUACCUGGCCUUCGCCGCCGCCAUGAACGGCCUGGCCGGGCCCCUGCACGGGCUGGCCAACCAGGAGGUGCUGCUGUGGCUCACGGACCUGCAGAAGGAGCUGGGCAAGGACGUGUCUGACGAGAAGCUGAGAGAUUUCAUCUGGAACACGCUCAACUCGGGCAGGGUGGUGCCAGGCUACGGGCACGCGGUGCUGCGCAAGACGGACCCGCGCUACACCUGCCAGCGGGAGUUCGCCCUCAAGCACCUGCCCAAGGACCCCCUGUUCAAGCUGGUGGCUCAGCUCUACAAGAUCGUCCCCAACGUGCUCCUGGAGCAGGGCAAGGCCAAGAACCCCUGGCCCAACGUGGAUGCCCACAGCGGGGUCCUGCUGCAGUACUACGGCAUGAAGGAGAUGAAUUACUACACCGUUCUCUUCGGCGUUUCCCGGGCUCUGGGCGUUCUGUCGCAGCUCAUCUGGAGCCGAGCCCUGGGCUUCCCCCUGGAGAGACCCAAGUCCAUGAGCACCAAGGGCCUCAUGCAGCUCGUGGGCUACAAAUCCGCCUGAAAAGGGACGGGGACGGGGCUCCCCCAGGGAAGAACGCGGCACCGCCGGGCCCGGCCCGGCCACCCCCGCCACUGAACCCCCCUCGGGACCCCCAGCCCACCCUGGGGUCCCCCCACACCCCGCCCCGGUGCUUGGGGGGGUCUGCAGGGCCCCCCGCCCGCCCCGGCAGCUCUCACUGCGCACACUGGGAGCCCCCCCAGGCUCCCC